AUGAACCUUUCAGAGGAAAAGUGGUCUAUACAACAACAAUCUUCAGUUCCACCUUCUCCACACCAUCCACAUCCCGCAAUGUCCCCACAAAUGAACGGUAUGCCAACGGAAAACUUUAUGCAGCCCUUCCAGUACGACGGUCAAACGGCACAAGGUCAAAUGCACCCUCAACAAAUGCCGGUUUAUGAUGGUAUAAAUCAACAAAAUAUGUUUAUACCUCUAAAACAAGAAAUUAAUGAGGCACAGAACCGAUACACUCAGUUCCAAAGGUAG